CGAUUUAUACUUCUGUUUUUCUUUUUUUUUUCAGUUGUUUCACUGUCUUGGCGCGCCUUUUCAAUCCAGUGUAAAAUGGGAUGGCAAGAAUGGAACCAGGCCUGCUACAAGUUAAGCAAAGAUUUUAAACCAUUCUCCAACGCCUCCUCCAUUUGUAGGCAGAGUGGCGCUGAAUUGGUGUCCAUUGCAAGUCUCCAAGAAAACGAAUUCGUCCACAAUAUUUCCGAAGGAGAGGACGUCUUCAUUGGUCUCCGUGCUGCAAAAGCCAAUGACAGCUUUGUCUGGUUGGAUGGCAGCACUUUUGAUUACACUAGGUGGGAAGACGGAGAACCUAACGAAACUAACGGCGAUUGUGUAGUAGACGGCUGUUGUGUUAUCCUCGUGGAACCUACCGGCAGGUGGAAUGACACACCAUGUGAGAUGUGGUAUCCGUUUGUGUGUAAAUUCACAAGCUCGCAACCCAAACUGCGGCCAGGUAAUUGCUUAGUUUUUAACCGAGAGAGGACGUGUCCGUGUGUUGUGGGAUUGUCAACAUUAGAUACAAAUAGUCAGGAACAGCGCACCGAGCUUUGACAAAUAAAAUCCCCGAACGUGGUGUUAAUCGGGCCAAUAUUGAAGAAGAUAGAGCCAUUUUAGAACAGGAAAAUUUACAAAGAAAUGUAUGGAUUGCUGGAGUCCCAUAUUUGAAGAUGUUGGAUGGGUGUAUGUAUAACUCGUUCAUUCUUAGCCCCAUGAACAACCGUGCUUGAGGAUUUUAUACGUGGCUCCCUGGUUAAUAGAGUACUAAAGUGAGAUGUCAUAAAAAAUUAAAUUUGUGAAAUUACGGGAUUUGUCGGGAUAUUCUCAAAGAACAUAAUCCAAGAGGCCUACUUGCCGAAAACUAGCAUUGUUGGGCAAAUUGUCUCUGAGAUAUUAGCCCAGUUAUGCUCUGAUGACUCCUUACAAAUUCUUCUAAAUUCAGACUUAGGUCCAUAGUUAGUAGAGGGGACUGGUUAUGAAAGUAGGCGAGCUUCAAAGAGCGAUGUCUUUGUUAUGAUUUUUGCAUUGUCACGUGAUCGCGAAAGUGCACACAAAAUCAUCGAUCGAGUACUCUCGUUGUUAUUAGUGCGCUAUUCGUUAGUUUUCUCCGGGUGUUUAAGCACUAUAUACUUAUUAUUUUGAAAGAAAUAUAUAUUUAUGUUAUGCCGGGGGUCAACUGUUCCGUCUUUGGCUGUGGUUCGUGUAGAAGGACUAAGGGAAUGGGUAUUUGGAAGCUACCUUUAGCAAAGGACGAAGCACAUGGAAAAUGGCGAGACGAAUGGCUUGGCGAGAUACAAAAGACCAGAGAAAUGGAUCAGAAUUUCAGGGAACUAUGUUAGGUCUAAACUUUUAGACCCAAGCAGGAUUUUAGAAGGAUUUUUAUGGAGUCAUCAGAGCAUAAGUGGGCUAAUAUCUCAGAGCAGGAGCGCUAAUUUUGGCAAGUAGGUGUCUUGGACGUUGUUCUUUCAGAAUAUCUUGACAAAUCUCAUAAUUUCACAAAUUUAAUUUUUAAGACGUCAUCACUUUAGAACACUAUAACGGAGCUCCACGCGAGAGCGUAGCCCCAGACCCAAGAAAAUGUGGUAAUCUACCCAUUCGAGAAAUUUUGGUAAUCACGUGACCGUACGCCCGUCCGUCCGUCCACACCACAGGUAUACCAAUGUAAAAUAACUCAACGAACAGGUAUGGCAAUUUAAAUGCAAUUCGAGGUUAUUUUGGCUGAAAAUCGCGUAGCCACCCGCGUCUUGUGAAGCAGAGACAACUAAAGAGUCAAUAAAGACGAAAACGGAAAGCGGAAAUUGUUUCUGUAUCCCUGUUGUUUAAAGUAUUAAGCUUAGAUUAAUUGUCAUGUCCACAUAUUUGGCAUCUUAGGAAAGAGAAGGACAGAGAAAAGAGAAAGUAGGCGGCAGGUAGCGAAGCUCAACGAGAAAAAGAGCGGCAGAGCUAGAGCGAGAGAUAAAUAACCAAGGAGACUUUUUCUGUUGGAAGAACAACAUGAAAAUUUUGUAGCGGGGUUAAGAAAAUGAGAAAUGCUAGCGGUCAUGAAGGUGAAAAAGAGCGGCAGUGAACAAGAACACGUACGACAUUUCCUCCAUAAAACGUGUAACUAGGAAGUUUCUGGAAGUUUCACGUUGUAGUCGUACAAAACAACGCAAAGAAAUGUACAAAAAAGUGUGCUGCACGUGCAAACUUGCUUUUUUGCUAAUCAGACCUGCUGUUGUUUUUUCACCGUUCUCGUUGCCUUCGCCGUGUAGCGUUACACGAUUUUAUAUUUUGUUUGAGCAAACAAUAAAUAUCAUCGAGAUCUAUAUAUUAAUCCCAUAGUAUACAGACUUGUACCUUGUACCCAGUUCCCCUCGGUUUGACAGCAGGCUCAAGGUUAAGUAACGUCGACGGCGACGUCCGCGUAAACGACGCUCACUUAUUACGAUGUCUAUAGCCUGCUUAGGCAGCAAUCAAUGAAUAGGGAUGAGCGCUUAGGUAUGAUAGCCUGUACACAGGCUAAGGUAUGACUGCUCUUCUAAGUAGAACAAAUUAUAGUGAAUGUACAAAAGUUAUAGUGUAUGCAAACUUAUGUAAAAGAGGCGUGAUGGAUUGGUAUUGGAGGUGGAGUUAUUUCACACCCCAAUUCAUCAAACUCAGGAGUCCAUAACCCUGAGAGAGCAACUGCCAUGUACUCGUGUCAUAGCGUUGUCACCGACCGGUUUAUUUUAAGAACAAAUUUGGCAUGAAUUCAGAAUAUACUUUUAGUCACAUAGACCAGUCAGCAAAACCCACAGACCUAAAAAUGAUAUGUUUGACGUUUGAAAGAGGUUUAGUUUCCCGUUUUUAUAUCUUACACUUGGAAUGCGCUCAUAGGUGGAUCGGAGAUUCCGUUUCCGCUGAAAAAAGCACUCUAAAAUGUAUAUAAAAAUAAAGCGGUCCGAGAAAACGCGGCGGCAGAGUUGCUAUAGUAACUCCGGGUUGUGGGCUUCUGUCAAACUCGAAAUAAAAAGCCUUUCUGUUUCCUUUUCAGACAAAAAUGCACUGAAAAAAGAACAGAACUUCAUCAUACACGAGCAGAAAAGUCUGGCACAUCACGUGAUCUACAAACAAUCCUUGUCGUCUUUAAUUCACUGUGCGCUGAUCUGCACCAACUGGCCAUUUUGUAAAUCGGUCAACUUCAUAUCAGAGCAAGGAGGAAAUUUUGGCGAAUGUCAACUCAAUGACGCUACAGCAGAAGACUUUCCAUUCCAUCUGAUGCGAGUUUCUAAUUCAGUGUAUUCUGUUGUGUAUAGCUCAUGA